GUGGCGAUCUCCGGUGCGCAGCGGAUCACCGAUCACGGAAAGAGCCAAAGAUGUUGGCUCGGUCACGUGAUCAGCUGUGUCCAAUCACAGCUGAUCACAUGGGACAUGUACACUGAUCAUCAGGGCACUGAUGAUCAGUGUGCCCUGAUGAUCAGUGUAGCCCCAGCAGUGCCACCUGUCAGUGUCCAUCGGUCCCUUAUGUCAGUGCUCAUCAGUGCCUCGUGCCAGUGCCCAUCAGUGCCACAUAUCAGUGCCUACCAGUGCACAUCAAUGCCACAUAUCAGUGCCCAUCUGAGCUGCCUUUCAGUGUCACCUAUCAAUGCCAAUGAGUGCCACCUAUCAGUGCUGCCAAUCAGUGCCACCUAUCAGUGCCAGUCAGUGCCGCCUAUCAGGGCCAGUCAGUGCUGCCUAUCAGUGCGCAUCAGUGCCGCCUAUCAG